UCUAAUGUUUACAUCUGGGAGCAGCUACAAAGCACACAGUUUGUUUUCCAGGCUAAUGAAAACCUUCUUGCACGUUAAGAACAGCAUGUUUUCCAAGUGCUAGGACCUGUGCACAGUCACGGCAGCCUUCACGAAAUCAGCUGCUGACAAAAAUAACAGUAAAUGAUGAAGAAGAAAAGUAGACAUACAAGGUCUUCUGAGACGCCGCAAAAGCUCAGCAGGACGCCGAUGCCAGUGGAUGUCACCAGUGAGAAGAGGUCACCUGGAAACAGAGGGCGACCUCGGAAGACUGCCGCUGUAACCACAGACAGUUUCUACCUGAAUGACUGUGCAACAGAAAAGACCACCGAUGCAGACUUCAAUGUGACGACAGUCGAAGACGCCCAGAAACAUCCAGAGACUAAGUCCAGAUCUUCAGGUAGACUCUCUGCUGCUGUCUGCCGGCUUUGUCACGGGAAGUUUUCUCCGCGCAGCUUGCGGCACGCCUUCAACAAAUGGCCUCGGGAUUCCCUCAGUAUUGUAGACGAGGAGUCAGACGCCGUGGCCCAGUCACCGCUUCUGUUCCACACAGACUUCCAAAGGCUGGUCGGGGUCCAGGUGGACCGUGACCCUCGGCUUUCGGAAUUUAUUUGCAAGAAAUGCCAUGCAAAGUUUUAUAAGUGCCAAAGCAUCCUGAUCCGGUUUCUGCAGAGAGUCAAUCUCCCGCCUGUGGGGAAGGAGAACCUGAAAAAUCAGAAGAAUGCAAAGGGUCCAGAGUCCUCUGUAAACCAUUGCUCAUCAACUCCCUCAUCCUUUACCUCAGACACAAAGUGCCUCCACAGUCUGGUGUCCUGGGCUCAUCACCACGGAGAGGCCUGCCGCUCCUGCCCCGACCUGAAGGAGGUGCUGGAGGGCCAGUGCCUGGGCGCCAUUAAGGCUGUUUGGGGUUGCGUCAAUGGUCACAGAUACAUCAUGGACACUCACCGCAGCACUACCUCCAACCAGUGCUCCAGCAACAGAGCAUUAGGGAGUGGGAGGGGUGAUGGAGCAAUGUCAGAGGAGGAGGAACAAGAACAAGACGGCGAGGAAGACGAAGAGGAGCAAUCUGGCGGGAACGGAAUGACCUCAUCGAGAAGUACUAGUACUGUGGUUCAGCGCAGUCCACCUGCAGCAACGGCUCAGACGCAGAGCUCAGCGCCUGAUGACUGGACGGGCGACAACGAAGAUUACACAGGUCACGAGGAGGCCUUGUCUCCUGCUCCGGGUCAGCUGGAGGACAGAACUGCUGGCAGUGAUCUUUCUGACAGGGUCAUCUCUGAAGAUGAGUUUGAUGAGGGUAGAAAAGGAGGGCUGUCUGAUGAGGAGUUUGAGCCAUACUCGGAGAAGAGAGCCCACAGGGUCAACGUCCCAAACAAGAGAAGAAAAAGCUCAAAGGCCCCAGAGGAGCCCAAAAUCAGAAAGAAGCCUGGACCCAAGCCAGGCUGGAAGAAUAAGUUCAAACCUAAGGGGGAGGAGCUCCCCAACAUCUACAAGUGUCCAUAUCAGGGUUGUACGGCUGUCUACAGAGCUCCCGAUGGUCUCAAGAAACACAUCAAGGAACAUCACGAGGAGGUGAGGGAGCGACCGUGCCCUCACCCUGGCUGCAACAAGGUUUUCAUGAUCGACCGCUACCUGCAGCGGCAUGUCAAGCUCAUCCACACAGAGGAGAGGAAUUACAUUUGUGACCAGUGCGGUCAAACCUUCAAACAAAGAAAACACCUAUCAGUUCACCAGAUGAGGCAUUCGGGGGCCAAGCCACUACAAUGUGAGGUUUGUGGCUUCCAGUGUCGCCAGCGAGCAUCACUGAAAUACCACAUGACCAAACACAAAGCCGAGGCCGACCUGGAGUUUGAGUGCUUGAUGUGCAGCAAGCGUUUCGAGAAGGCCCACAACCUGAACGUGCACAUGUCCAUGGUGCACCCGCUGACACAGGCUGAGGCUCAGAGGGGCAGCGGGCAGCAGCAGCAGACAUACCCGGACCUACACACCAUCACGCUGACCGGGGAGGUGGUUCAGCAAGAGCAAGACAGAUGACAGAAGGAAGUCUUGAUUCAAGGCAGAGAUACUUGAACUGUGGCACAGGACCCAGAAACAAAACAGCAAUGUAGCACGGAGUUUCAUUUUAGCAUCAGCAGUUGAGUUUUCAUCCAGUGUUCCUUCACACUGACGCUCAUGACCUUCUUAAGACUUUUCAGCCGAUUUGUUGACGACACAGCAGAAAAGACAUUAGGUAAGAGUUCAGUGUCAAAGCAAUGUUUCUUUACAUUGUGCAAUUAAUAUAACGAUUCAUGAGUUAUAUCAAUUACCUGAUAUUCAAAUCAUCCAUCUUCUGCAACAAACACAUUGCUUCCUGUAACUGUUUCCAGAAUAAAACGGAUUGUUUAUUUGCUUUUAUUGUGAAAGAGCAGCAGUAGGAAAUGUGAGGCUGGCAGUCAGGAUGAGUAUAUGGAGUGGUUCACCAUAUAUCAUAUUAAAAGCUAGUACAAUUAUGACUCUGUGAAAUCUGAGGAUAAUAACUUGAAAAGAGAACAGUACGGUGGCCCUGAGACCUCAACGCACUCAUCACGCUGACUCUUGAAAGAUAAAACAACCAAAAAUUCCAAAUACUGAAAAAGAUGCUGCCAAGUAGACCAGACAGAAAUAUUAGAAUAUGAACUAAAAUAAAAUUUUACAGUAAGUUAAAUCAGAUGUUUUACACUGCUGCUCACAGUCUGACAAUAACUGAUUUCGUAGGCUUUGUGAGUAAUCAGCUGUUAAGACCACCGUGUUGUUAAUCUUGAAUACCUUCAUUUAAUAUCUGACAUUCACAUUACUGACUGUGUAACCGGCUUAAAUGCAGCUGUAAUACUGAGACCUUCUCUUUGCCUGAUCCAAGUAAAGCGUCUGUAUGUGCUGCAAUUCCAGGAAGUUUUCUUAUCGGCUCACUGCUUUUAUUAAGUUAUUACAAAUCAAAGUCUUCUUUUGAAUUGUAGCAUUGAAAGGGCUUCAGGUGUACAUGUGUGUAAGAAAGCGUGUAAUGUGUAAAAAAAGAAGAAAAAAAAACCCCAGUGUGAAUAAAACAGGUUUUCUUUUUACAAA